AGACUUGGUUUUUGUGGACUCGGCACGCUGAAGAGAGCCUAAAGCCCACCACUUGUCGACGCUGCGAUAGCAAGCAAUGGGAGACGAUGCGCAGAAGAAGAGCUCUGGUUCUCUGGACGCCCUACAAGCUGAAGUCACCAAGGCCAUGGAGGGCGCCAAGUCGUUACAGGACUCGGCUUCCUCCUUCAUCUCCAGAAACUCCAGCGAGGAACAGUCGCUUCGCCUGCGAGCCCAGUCUCUCGAUUCCACAAUCCGCCGCCUCCGUUCCCAAAUCUAUUCUCUUCAUCAUCACGACAACAAGGCCGUCGAUCCCAAGCUCUGCGAAAAGCUGGAAGAAGAUUUGCACAGGGCCACGUGUGUUUUGACGGACGGCGACGCCGGUUCUUUUCUUCCUCCCAAGGCUCACGGGGGGUUUCUGAGGAUGUUUCUUGGCCCCAUCAACGUGCGUUCCUCUAGCAAAGACAUCCAACUCAAGGUUAAAGAGGAAUACAAUGCUUACAGAGAUCGAACUGCCCUGCUAUUCCUUCUCUUUCCAUUUGCACUACUUAUUCUGAGAUCUUGGAUAUGGGAUGGAUGCUUGCCAACAUUUCCUGUUCAAGCUUACCAGGCAUGGCUCUUAUUCCUCUACACUGGUUUGUCAUUGCGAGAAAAUAUACUGAGAGUAAACGGAAGUGAUAUUCGUCCAUGGUGGAUAUACCAUCACUAUUGUGCUAUGUUUAUGGCCAUGGUUAGUCUCACAUGGGACAUUCAAGGACAACCAAAUUGUGCCCAAAAGCAGAGAGGGGUGGAACUUUUCCUGCAAUGGGCAAUGAUGCAAGGAGUGGCUAUGCUUUUACAAAAUAGAUAUCAACGCCAGAGACUGUAUACUCGAAUUGCAUUGGGAAAGGCCAAUAGGAUGGACGUCGUAUGGGGUGAAACAGCUGGUGUUGAUGGUCAAUUGUGGCUUCUAUGUCCCAUACUUUUUAUAAUGCAGGGUUUUGAGGCGUAUGUUGGACUACAGUUGCUUAAGACUGCUUUGUUCGGGGAUGUUACCGAAUGGCAGGUGAGUUUGUGCGGUGUGCUAUUAAUUCUUAUGGCGAUCGGGAACUUUGUAAAUACUGUACAGACACUCAUGGUGAAAUCAAGGUUCAAGGCAAAGAUGAAAAAGACCAAGAGCAAGCAGGAAUUGUAGGGCCGGGGAUCCGUAAUUAUUAGGAUUAAUCUCCUUACAACUUCUUAGGAACUCCUUGUAACGUUUUCUCUGGAUCUCAAAAUUGUUGUUCCGACACAUAGGCACUGGAAAUUUCCUUACCAGUUUGAGCUCUAUAUAAAUGUAGAAUUGAUCUUUUAUAAACUGAUUAGAGUGGCUAUGAGUUUCCUUCAAAUAAGUUUUGAUACAGGUUCGUUA